GGAGAGCACCGGAUCGCGGCGUCGACAGACAACGCAGCCGGCGUUGGUGUCAGCUCGCGCCACAUACUCGCAGGAACCGACGUGAUCGCUCCAGCCUGGGAGGCGAGAGGGCAGUUAUGGCGCCAAAAGUGCUCGGCUACUGGGACAUCCGAGGGCUCGGCGAGCCCAUCCGCUACUUGCUGGCCCACGCCGGAGUCCCCUACGAGGACAAGAGGUACUCCUACGGUAAGGGACCGGAGCCCAGUCGAGACGAGUGGCUCGCAGAGAAGUACAAGCUGGACCUUGACUUUCCCAACCUGCCAUACCUGAUCGAUGGCGACGUGCGGAUGACGCAGAGUCAGGCCAUCCUUCGCUACUUGGGACGCAAGCUCGGCCUGGUACCAAAGGACGAAGAAACAUUGCGGCGGGUUGACAUGCUUGAGCACCAGGUGGUGAAAACUCUCGGGCCGAGCACAUUCCGGAAGGGCUACCCUGUCCUCGAGGAAUAUUGCCAGCGCGUCGCAGCUCUGCCGGGUCUAAAGCAGUACCUUGCUUCGGACCGCUUCAAGCCCUGGCCAAUCUGGAGUCCCUACGCCAAGGCACUGUCUGCGCACAGCAAGCCCCCCGCCGAUGAUUGCUGAGGGAUAGCAGAGGAUGCGACGGCUUGAAUGCCAUGCGCCGAGAAUGGCAGUGUUCCAUGCUGAACACAGUAGUUUAAUAACAUUGAAUCGAUGAACGUGAGCUCAGUGUUCCUUCAUUUUUUAAUAAAAC